AGGGGGAGGAGGGCGCGCGCAAGUGUUCCACCUAAGCACACAGCUCGGAUGCUGACAGACUAAAGUUUCGUCGGCUUGUGUGAAUGAGGACAACUUCCAAUUAAAGGAAUGAUGCAGAAUCAAAGACAUUUUGGAAUUCUACACCUUGGAUUUUUUUUAUGGACGUCGUUUUGUAUUAAAGACUCGUUACAAGGGGAAUAUCAGCGAAAGUUGUAUAAGGAAUUGAUGAACAACUAUAACAGACUGGAAAGGCCUGUGCUCAAUGAUUCUUCACCCAUAGUGGUGGAGCUGGGACUCACGCUGCUUCAGAUCAUAGACGUGGAUGAAAAAAAUCAGGUAUUAAUAACCAACGCCUGGCUACAGCUGGGAUGGACGGAUGUCUAUUUGAGCUGGAACCCUGAUAACUACCCUGGUGUUCAGACCCUGCGUUUCCCAUCCAAUCAGAUCUGGACACCAGAUAUUUUGCUCUAUAACAGUGCUGAUGAGAGGUUUGAUGCUACCUUCCAUACGAAUGUCCUGGUUAAUGCAUCAGGUGCCUGUCAGUACAUACCACCAGGUAUUCUGAAGAGUACUUGUUACAUAGAUGUACGCUGGUUCCCAUUCGAUAUACAGAAAUGUGACCUCAAGUUUGGCUCCUGGACUCAUAACGGAUGGUUGCUGGACCUACAGAUGCAGUCAGUGGACAUCUCUGCAUACAUCCCCAAUGGAGAGUGGGAUUUAGUGGGGGUCCCUGGGAAGCGUAAUGAGCUGUAUUAUGAGUGCUGUAAGGAGCCUUACCCUGACGUGACAUUUACAGUAACAAUGCGCAGGCGAACAUUGUAUUAUGGUCUGAAUCUGCUCAUUCCUUGUGUCCUCAUUUCUGGCCUGGCUCUGCUCGUUUUCCUGCUGCCAGCUGAUUCUGGAGAGAAGAUAUCACUGGGUAUAACUGUCCUCUUGUCAUUAACGGUCUUCAUGCUCCUGGUGGCUGAGAUCAUGCCGGCCACCUCUGACUCAGUUCCUCUCAUAGCUCAGUACUUCGCCAGCACCAUGAUGAUUGUGGGCUUGUCAGUUGUUGUCACUGUCCUCGUUCUGCAGUUUCAUCAUCAUGAUCCACAAGGGGGAAAGAUGCCAAGAUGGGUGCGCGUGAUCCUGCUCAACUGGUGCGCCUGGUUCUUGCGCAUGAAGAAGCCGGGCAAGGAACGGAACAACAAGUAUGACCACUCUCCAGCGCACCAUGCCAGCGCCAGCAGCAUUCAGAUGGGGGUAAUGCCCGGUCAGCCGUCCUCUACCAACUCAACCACCAAUGGUCACAUGAACCUGUACUUCGGCUACCACUCCAUUGACAGCGCUUGCUGCCCACCCAGCAGCGACUCCGGCAUGUCUUGCAGCGUUGGUCGAGUCGGCGGGUCGCCAAACGAAGAACAGCGGGAGGCAGUGAGGGUGUUUUCAGGCGAACAGGAGAUCCAUCACAUCCUGGCGGAAGUGAUGUACAUCGCUCAGCGAUUCCGGGACCAGGAUGAGGCAGAGGCAAUCUGCAGCGAGUGGAAAUUUGCGGCAGCAGUCGUGGAUCGGCUCUGUCUGGUGGCGUUUUCACUUUUCUCCAUCAUCUGCACCUUUACCAUUCUCAUGGCCGCGCCAAACUUCAUUGAGGCAGUCUCGAAAGACUUCACAUAAUUGUAAUAGCGUUGCAUUUUCUUUUUUUUCUUUUUAAAGAUAUAAAAUA